GAUGCCGCACAGAGCUGAUCAAAAAUGAACUUCAAAUAUCUGUAAACUGUGACUUGUCAUGUCAGGACUUCUCUCUGGCUGUGCAAAAGGACGAAAGACAGCUUGAGUCAAUCGACAGCUGCAAAAAGUAUCCAUGGAAAAAGUACAUUUGGACAUAAAGCCAGAAGAAGACUUUGAUCUUAGAAUAACUCAGAACUACUGUAAGUAGUGUCAUAUAUCCCUUUAGGUUUCCAAUAGAUUGCACAAGACUUGCAUUGCAGUAAAACAGAUGCAUAGCUCUGUGACUUGAAUUUAAAGAUAACAUGAGAUGCUCAAACUAGGGCAAAAUAAAAACCUCAGUAUUCCUGUAGCAUUCUUCCACCACUGAUGCUGAGCCCAGAGAGAGAGAGAGAGAGAGAGAGAGAGAGAGAGAAAGCACCAGAGAUGGAGAGGGAAGUGGAGGGUGGUUAGGGGAGGGGCUGUGAGAGGCAGAGAGAGAGAGAGAAAAGGGAAGAAGAGGCGGACACUCGGCGGCAGCAGGUUUGUGAGAGCAGCAGCCCAGAGGAGGAGGAGGAAGAAAGACGAAGGAGGAGGAGGAAGAGGGAGGAAUCAGAGCGAGAGAAACCGUGUGGCUGCAGUCAGGAGGGACACAAACACAGAGCGAGAGGAAGAGGAGGAGAAACGGAGAAGAGAAGGUUUCCUCCAACCCCCUCACCUGACUGACCCAUGAAAGAAGCCAUGCCAGUCCUCACAGCAGGCGCAGGCCUGCACGAGACGCUGGCCCUGCUGACCUCUCAGCUGCGGCCCGAUGCCAAUCACAAAGAGGACAUGGUCUUCCUCAAAGACGUGUUCAGUGAGAGGAGUCUGGGGUACCUCAUGAAGAUCCACGAGAAGUUGAGACAGUAUGAAAGACAGAGUCCAACGCCCGUCCUUCACAGUGCCUCUUCUCUGGCAGACGAUGUGGCGGAGGAGCUGCAGAGCGGACCAAUGAGCACUGAAGAGAAAGAGCUCCUCCUCCUGCUGACUUCACCACAUCUGAAGGCUGUUCUCUCUGUGCAUGACACCGUGGCUCAGAAGAACUUUGACCCCGUUCUGCCGCCGCUGCCGGAUGAUCUGGAGGACGAGCUGGAGGAGGAAUCGGUCAAGAUUGUGCGGCUAGUGAAGAACAAGGAGCCUCUGGGAGCCACUAUUAGACGGGAUGAAACCACCGGGGCUGUGACCGUGGCUCGGAUCAUGAGAGGAGGUGCGGCUGACCGGAGUGGUUUGGUGCAUGUUGGAGAUGAACUCAGGGAGGUCAACGGAGUCUCUGUGAUCCACAAGAGACCGGAUGAGAUCAGCCAGCUGCUGUCCCAGUCCCAGGGCUCCAUCACUCUAAAGAUAAUCCCUGCCAUUAAAGAAGAGGACCGCCUGAAGGAGAGCAAGGUGUAUGUGCGAGCCUUGUUCGACUACAUUCCAUUGGAAGAUAAGGCGACACCUUGCCAAGAAGCAGGACUUCCGUUCAAGCGGGGAGACAUCCUUCAGGUGGUGACCCAAGAUGACGGCACAUGGUGGCAGGCAAAGAGAGUCGGAGACAGCAACCUGCGAGCCGGACUCAUCCCCUCCAAACAAUUCCAGGAGAGGCGACUGGCUUACAGGAUGAAAAUGGGCACGCUCCCGAAUCCUAAAUCGCCUAAAAAGCCUGUCUAUGACCAAGGAUGUGAUAAAGAGGACUGUGACUGUGAGGGCUAUUUCAAUGGACAGUACAUAGCUGGUUUACGAAGAAGUUUCCGGCUGAGUCGGAAGGACAGACAAGGAUCCUCCGGUGAGGGCUCUGAUCCUGGAGACCCCGACUUCCUGACGUAUGAAGAGGUGACGCGCUACCAGCAGAGACCCAAUGAGAGGCCACGUCUGGUGGUUCUGAUCGGUUCUCUUGGAGCACGAAUCAAUGAGCUCAAACAGCGCGUGAUCGCUGAAAACCCACAUCGUUUUGCAGUGGCUGUACCGCAUACCACAAGGCCCAAGAAGCCUCAUGAGAAGGAAGGUGUAGAGUACCAUUUUGUUACCAAGCAGCAGUUUGAUGCAGAUGCUUUAAACAACAAAUUCAUUGAGCACGGGGAAUACAAGGAGAACCAGUACGGCACAAGCAUAGAGGCUAUCCGGUCGGUGCAGGCCAAGAACAAGAUGUGUGUAGUAGACGUGCAGCCUGAGGCCCUGAAGAGGCUGCGGACAGCAGAAUUCAAACCCUACGUCAUCUUUGUCAAACCUCGGGUUCCUGAGAGUAGACGUCGGCGCAGUGCAGCCACCUCGCCAGGAGGGGGCGAUCAUGGCCGCAUUACAGAUGAAGAUCUGCAGGAGAUGCGACAGUCUGCCAUUCAGAUCGACCAGCAAUACGGACACCUGGUAGACCACAUCCUGAUCAAAGAGGACUCAGCCAGCGCCUGUGCAGAGCUGCGGGGGAUCCUGGAGAGGUUGGAGCGAGAGUCCUUCUGGGUGCCUGUCUGCUGGGUGCGGACCUAAACCUACAACCCCCCCCCCCCCCCCUCUUUAAGAACUUCACAGCCAACCCCGACCCGAUCCUGCACCAGUUCAGAGUUCCCCUACACCCUCCCCCCCAAAAUAAUCUGCUGGUGCAGCCUGAGAGUCUGCAGAGCUCCCUGUCUGUGACUCUGUGACUGAUGCAGGGCUGCACAGACGGCCAUUAAGAGGCACUAAAGGGAGAGAAUGAUGUCAGAGGAGGACGCCAUCGUCUGGGGUGUUGCAGCGGAACGAUCACAGCCAAAAGACAGCCAAAAAUCACAGCUGUACUGUCACUUCCCUGAGUCCUAACCACUCAGGGUUUGGUUUUAAUUUAUUUGUUGACUUCAAAGACGAGAGACUGAGUGUGUCAGGUUUUUAGAGGCGAGUCUCAGUCAGUCGGUCAGCUUUAUUGUGACUCUUGUUGGAGUACCUUCAGUAGCAUGUUUUUAAUUUGAUUUAACUUAAUGCCAAUCUCAGAAUGCUUCCUGUUCCUGCUCAUGCAUCCUGUACAGCAACCAUCAAACACUCUACAGAACAGGACUACUUCAUGUAAACAGUUAAGUGAAUGCAUUUGAAACUAUUCUCUUUUCAGUAAACAUCGAUAUAAGUCCCACACAGACAGAAACAACACAGAAUGUGAGAACUUGAUUUUCUACAGGACUGUUUGUUUUUAGAGAUGCAUGUUUAUUAACCUCAGAUGUAAAUAUUGUAAAUGUUUACUCCUUGUGUGCCAACGAAUGAUCUCGUAGCACUUCAAUGCAACCUGUUUACCGUAAAUCCCCGGGAACCCACAUCUGUUUGCGCGUAUAAAGAAAAAAAAAAACUUUGCACAGAGAGUGUGUGGAUGGAUGUCACUCUGUAUGUUUACAUACGCCAACCUGAGAGUCUCCUUUUACAGACAGGAAUGGGUUUUGUACAGUGUCCUUGCACAUAUCUGUAUUUUUGACAGCAGAAGAAGAACGAGGGUACCGAGUGUUAGCUCUGUUUGAUAAUCAGGGUUUGUCUUUGUUGAUGUCUUGUCAGACUGGAAACACACUGUGGAGGUGAGACAAGUAAUAACAGGUUUCAAACAGAGACUUAGGUUCAGACUUUUUCAUUUUAUUACUUCAUGUUUAACGAAAAGCCAAAAAUUAUUUGACAAUAGCUGCUCAUGUGGGAUGAUCUUUUAUCUGUGUUUGUCUGAUACGAUGUUAAAUUGAAAGUUUAAAAACAAAAGAAGAGAUUUACAAGAUUUUAAAUGCAAUGCUUUACUUUUUCUGACUUUUUUAUAAAUAAAUAAUUUACUGCAACCUUCAUUUUAAAGGCCCGACACUGAGAUGGUAAUAUUUGGUGUUAUCCUGGUAGUAGCAGAGGUUACACACUUCAGAUUUUACCUCCUAUAGAGAAAACAAUUUCUGAAAACACCACAUGUUAACACUGACACAUUCAUUGGUCACUGUAUCUGUCUCUCCUCUAUACUGGCUGUAAAAUGUUCUCCAUAACACAACUGAACUCCAGGUCAUUGGGGACAAAGUGCUCAUUUCUAACUUUGUGCACAACAUGCAUUAAAAAAAAGUUAAGCUCCAGCUACAGUUAGCAAAGUGUUCCAAAUGCCUCACAGUCUCUCUCUGUGACUCUCCCUCUGUUACAUCUCAGUAAUGGCCACAUUUGUGCAGACUUUACUGAGCUCUUUACAUGGUUAAUGGUAAUGAUUAUUCCACUUUUAAUGCCCAUGCAGUCAUGCAUUCUCUGGUUAUUCCAACAAGCACAAUGUAAGCCAGUUGGUUUGUUUAUAACACACAGAGUGGAGUGUGAACAGGAGGAGGCUGUGGGCUGCAGAGUGUUAUUGGAUCCCUUGUGAGACAUUUCUACAUUUGAUGAAUAUAAUUUGAAAGCUAAUAGCCAACAUGUAUACGCCUGAGAAUGCUACUUUCCCAGCAGUAUGCACAUUUACAUGACCUGUAAAUGUAGAAUAUUUCCCCCCUUUUUUUAAAGAUAAAUCUGCAUGUUAGUGUUUUAAGUGUGUCCUGUCUGAUGGAAUAAAAGGAGGGACAUUUGUUUUAAAAGGACACCUAAUUUGGUUGUUUCAGCUAAGCUUAUUUAUACAAAGAACAGAGAGAUUUUGUCCCCUAUCCAUCAAACUGAAGUCUUGUUAGAAAUUGAUAUUUUUCCAGCCAGUAAGCAGAGGAGACAUUUACAGCAACCAAGAGCUCCAAAUAUCCGUGGAUGUCAGAAAUCUGAUCAGAAAAACAACUAAAGGACAAACAGGCUUGUGUCAUGGGUAAUUAUAAAAACAGUUACCAAUAUGGCUUAAAAAACCUUUGGAUAACCUCUCAUCUCUGUUCUAGCAUGUUCUAGAGAGAGAGAGAGAGUUAAGCACAGUAAAAUAAAGUCCUCUUUUGUUUCUUCUUUGAACAUGCAAUGUGUUUUUUUGGUCUCUUCAUGUGUCGUAUGAACCAGGAAACCCUGAAUGUUGAGUUUGUAACGUGACUUGUACAAAGUGCCAUAAUAAAGCUAGCUGAAUCGAA